AUGGCGCGGAGCCUGCGGCAGGCGCUGCAGGACUGCAGCCGGAAGAGACGUUGGCAGCAGGCCGUGCACUUGUUUGACAGCGAAGCGUCAAACGACCAGGUGGCCGUGAACUGCGUCAUCGGGGCCUGUGCAGCUGCGCGCCAGUGGCAGCAGGCCUUGGCCUUGGCGAGCCGCGCGGAUGCCUUCGGUGCCGCGGCGCUGCUGAAAGCCGUGGGCGGCCGGUGGCACCUGGCGCUCCACGUGCUGCGCCAGGUGAGGGCGCCGGAUGUGUGUCUCUUCAACGUGGCCAUGAGCACCAUGCGUCGGGCCACACAGUGGGUUUGGGCCCUGCAGCUGCUGCGGCAUCUCCAAGAGGCACCGAAGCUGAUCCCAGACCUCAUCUCCUUCAACACCGCAGUGGGCGCCUGCGCUCUGGGCACUGCCUGGCAGAGGGGCCUGGCGCUCUUCGCGCGAAUGCCGUGCCGGCCGGAUGCGGUGACAUAUAGCUCCCUGACGGCGCCCUGGCCAGUGCAGCUGGCGCUGCUGUGGCAGGCCCUCAAGGAGGUGCAGCCAGACACCGUUCUCUUUGGGAGUGCCAUCAGCACCCUGUCACGGUCGAGCCAGUGGCAGCGCGCUUUGCUGCUUUUCUCGGAGAUGGAGACCCGGUGCAUCCCAAUGUGCAGGCGGCUGCAGCCCAAUGCCAUCACGCUCUCCGCUGGCAUUUGUGCCUGUGAGCGGGGCAGCCUCUGGCAGGAGGCAUUGCAGCUGCUCGCCCAGAUUCAAGACGCAGGGCGCCUCGACGCGGUGGCGUGCUGCAGCGCGCUGAGCGCCUGCGGCAAGGCGCAGAGGUGGCAGCAGGCGCUGGCGCUGUUGCGCCAGGAGGAGGUUCCGCCAAACCACUUUAUCUACAACGCCGCCAUCACCGCUUUCGAGAAGAGCCAGCACUGGCCUCUUGCAUUGCUGCUCUUGGAGGAGAUGCGGCGGGGUUCUUCGGCCCCGGACCUCGUGAGCUUCAACGCGGCGAUGGAGGCCUGCGGCGCCAGCUGGCGCCACAGCCUGGCGGUGUUCCGCGAGUUGGAGAAGUGCAUGCAGGCGGAUCGGCUCUCCUACAAUGCUGUGCUGAAUGCGUGCCGGCACCAGAACGACAUUGGGGAGGCAAUCUUCAGCUCAGCGCUGCAAGCAGGCGCUUUUCCAUGGUUGACCUGGCGGGGCAAGCACCUGCUGGAUCUUCAUGACCUCUCCCCGGGCGCAGCCCACUUUGCGGUGCAAUGGUGGCUGCGAGAGGUGGGCUACUGGAAAAACAGGGCACCACCAGGCCUGGAGAUCAUCACCGGCCAGGGCCACCUCCGCAAGCGCUGGGCCCAUGGCCUGCCGCUGCAGACCGCGGCCUUGCAGAGCCUCCAGGAGCUGAAGGCCUCAGCGGUGCCGGCGCCCAACCCGGGCCGCCUGCGCGUGAUUCCACGAGCGCGCCCUCCGCCGCCUUCUUGA